UUAAACUGUUUAAUUUUGUAUUCAAUAAUUUAUUGACAUGGUUGUAUAUAUAAGCUAAAUUAGUUGAGAAUUUACGUUUUGCAAAAAUAUUUUUUGUACAGCGAGUUUUAAUUACCUUUUUUAUCUUCGGCCGAGUGCUGUACAUUGAUUGUAUAUUAUUUUUUAUUCGUUUUUAAUGUAAUAAGUAAAAUUUAUAGUUGCCUGACUGAUAGUAAAUCACAUAGUUUAUAGAGUUCUGUGGUUGGGAAACAGCGUGGUUUUUGAUAAAUGACUUUUAGAAUAUUGGAAGUAAUAGAAUAAAGAAUAGACAAGAAAAAAAUGAAUAAGUAUAAAAUAAUAAUGUGAUAUUCUGAAUAUUUGUCAUUUAUUUGGCACAGGUUUUUGCAAAACUGUAACAAAAUUUAGAAUGUGAAUUAGCCAUCUUAUUUUUAUCUAUGGCAAUUAUGCAUGACAUUGACAAUUGUUUUAUAAAAAAUUUCAAACGGUUUUGAAACGGCGAUGUCGUUGUGUUUGAGCUUAACCGCUUUUUGGCAAGAUUCCCUCGGGCGCGCGCGUUAUGUAAAAUGAACGUCGCACUGCUUUCAGUACAAAAAAGUUAAAAAUAGACUUUCAGAGUGAGUUGCGUGUUCCGACAUUUUCGUUUUUAUGUGACAUACAAACGCUUUAUUCUCUCCAUAAAUAUUUUAAAAAUCAAAGUGAAACGCCGAUAGUAAACAUUGGAUUGAUAAUUGUGUAUGGUGAUAUGGAUUGAGAAGUGUGUUUACCGUAAAUAGUUUAUUUCACCAAAAACCAGAUUAAAGCGAUUUGAACAGUUUUUGAAGUGCUGUUUUAAAGAAUUGUUCAAUAAAAAUGGCUCACGUGGAGCCAAUGGACUUGGACUGUAUUGAAAGUGAUUUCGAUGAUAAGGAGAACUCUUACCAACACAACAAUGCCUUGCCAAGAGUGUCGUGUUCUGAAAAAGGAUAUGAAGAAUUGGAUGUGUCUGAAUUCAACAUGAAAUUAAGGUAUCAAGUGACCCCAGCUUCAUCACCUAUGUCUAAAAGUUAUACAGCAAAUUGCUUAGAUAACAGAAACAUUAGUUCUGUUGAAGAUGUGUUGACGAACAAUCAAAAUCUUACUAGGUCGUUAAAUUCAACAAUUACUAAUUCAGACAGCAUAUUAAAGUCGCCAAAGUCUCUUCCAUUACAGUCCAUAUCGACUGAUCAAUUUUCAGAUUUGAACAGAAACUCUUCGAUAAGACGGUCAUUGGACACUGCAAAAAAUAAUGUGACAGUCACAAUAACAACACCUCAAGACUUAGAUGAUAACUCGUCAUUACCUAGUACAUCAUCAUCUUUAACACAUACUCCAGAAGCGACUACUCCUACAAAAGAAAUACCCAAGCAAGAUGGUGGUUCUCCUAUACUGCGUGGCUUAAAAAGUGUAUUAAGUAUGUUUAGAUCAUCUCAAAGUCCAAUACCACCACAUGAAGAAACAAAUACAGAUAAUAAAGAAGAUUCUUCCUCUAAUGUUCCAGUUAAAGAUACUAAACCACAAAUGGUGUUAGCAUCUACACCAAUAAGGAGUAAAAACAGUCCGUCAAAAAGUGGCAGUCCUCUGAAAGACAGUGUUGUUUUCAAGGAUGAUUUAGAAAGAGAAUUACAAUGGAAAGAUGACUCAACUAUAAUUUUCAAAGAAGAAAAAAUCCCAAUACACAAACUAUUUUUACAAACAUUACCAAUUGAAACAAAGGCAGUGCAAGAACUGAAAAAAGAUAACAUUAACACCACAGUUGAGUAUAUGGAUAUAUCUAUGAAUGAGUCCGCUAUAAAUGAGUCUGUUAGAAGUAUUAUAAAGUAUGAAGCAAACAAUACCAUUGAAUCUGACAGUGAGUUCCAGGACUGUGAGACAACAUUCACAAGAAAUGAAGAUGACCUUGUAGAGAAAACAGAUAAAAACAAUGUUGAUUUCAAUCAUGAUGAUAUUAAUAUGUCUAUAGUUGAGAAUGAACACCUCCAAGAACUAAAACCAGAUAAACCUCAAAUAGAGUUAAAUGGUAAUAAAACUGUUGAUAAACAAGCAUCAAAUGAAUAUAAUAUAGCAGGAGUUCAAUCAGUUUUUGAAGAUAAUAAGCUAAAUUUGACCAAAAAUCUUGAUAGUAAUUCUAAAUUAGAAGAUGUGGUACUACCAAAUAUGAUUAAAAAUAUUGAGAGUAGAAAUAAGACUGAAGAAGAAUUUACAUUAGAAGAACCUAUUAAUUCUAUUGAUAUCACUACCUUGGGGAUAAAUAAUCUAGAUAAAGAACAAACUUUACAUGAAAAUUUGUCUGCUAUUAUAAAUGAACUCAAUGAAAUCAGUGGUGAUACAAAACCUGAGGUAAAUACACUAAAUCUUGUAGACAAUGUUGAUUGCAAUAAAAGUGAUAUAAACAUGUCCAUUACAGAAAAUGAAUACCAAGAAAUUAAAUCAGAUCAAAAUAAAAGCCUAUCAAAAACUCAGGUUCAAAUAAAUGAAAAUGAAACUGUUAAUUUGGAAACUCCAGUUGUAGACAAUACCACAAAAGAAGACAACAUUUUUGAGGGAUUGAAGCUUGACGAAACCAUAAACAUUGAAACAAGCUGUAAAUUAUUCAAUUCAACAUCACCAGAUGUAAUCGAAGACACUCAAACUAAAAAUAUAUCUGAUUCAAAUGGUAUUGAAUAUAUUUCAAAUAAAAUCCCUGUUGAUAAAACAAAUGAAUCAAUCUGCACUACUGAAUUAAAGGAAAUUAAAGAUAAUACUCAUAUUUUAAAUGAAGUCACUGACAGAAGUGUCAAUACAAAUAUUGAGUUAAAUUCACUUGAAAAUAAAAAUGGUUUACAUAUUAAUAUGAUAAUUAAUAAUAACAUAGAUUCAGAAAAUAUCACUGAACUUCAAACAACCAAUGUAGAAAAUCAUUCAGUUGUUCACAAACACGAAGUGCAAGAUUCACAUGAAAUGCCCAUACAUGAAGAAAUUGUGCAAAACAUAUGUCAAACAGAUAAGAAUAUAGAUGAAUCUUUAAUUGCUACAAACAAAUUAAAAUUAGAAUGUCUAUCAAAAUUGAGUAAUGAUGAAAACAUAGAUUUAAUACCGAGUAUAUCUAAUUUAUUGGUAGGGAAUUCUAAACCUGAUAUUGAAAAGCAUGUUAUGGAACAUAUUACUGAAAGAGAUGAUACCUUAUUGAAUAAUAUCCAAAGUGAACCAACUAUUGUUUUAACCAAAACUCUUUGCUCUAAUACAGAAAUAAGAAAUAGUCAUGUUAAUUUUGAUGUACCAAAUAAUUCUGAAAAAGAAAAUCAAUCGGCCAAAAAUAAUUCAUUGCCAAUACCAACAUGCCCUGAAAAUGUAAAUGACAGGAUGGCAGAAAUUGAUUCAGAAAGCUUUACUAUUGAAACGAGUUCUGCUGAUAUUAUUGCUGAUAAUAUAAGCAAUGUGGGUAAUACUACAGUAUCCCAUAUUGAUUCAAAACCAUCAGACAUUCCUCUGCCUUUAGAUGAUGAAAUUAUGACUAAUUUGAACAAUGAAAUUGACAUUAUAGAUCAAGCAAAUACAAAUUAUAAAGACACAGAAAUGCAAGAUUCUGAUUUAAUUGAAAAUACAUCCAUUUUACCCAGUAUAAACGAGUCUCCAAAUACUGAAAUAAAAAGUAAUGUUGAAUCGAUAAUGACACAGGAUAAUAUAAAAGAGUUACCAGAUUCUAAAGCCCUACAUACUUUUGAAAAACCUACUGAACCAGAGGUUUUACCUGAUAUGAUGAAUAAGAAUGACAUAGAAUUUAAAAUUGAAAACAUAGACACUACUAGUUCUCAUAAUACCAAUCCCGAAAUUUGUAACGCAGUACUAAAAGUCAAUGACGAAAAUGAACUUAAUAAAAUAAUAGAAACAGAAAAAGCACACAAAGAUGAUGAAAAUCUUCUCCGAAGUGAUGAUAUUGCUAAAAUAACUACACACGAGAAUGUCCAUAAUAUCAAUUACCAAUCCAAUUUUAGCACAAGUAAUGAAAUUAAUGAAGAAAUUGUUAAAAGUACUCUUAUUCCUGUGGUUCAAGAAAAAGAAGUAUUAAAAAUCAAUAAUCUAAAUGAACUUAGUAAAAAAAUAGAAACAGAAAAAUCGCAAAAUGACGAUGAAAAUGAAAUUAUUCUACAAAAUGAUGGUAUUACUAAAAUAACUACACACGAGAAUGCACAUAAUACCACUUACCAAUCCAAUUUUAGCACAAGUAAUGAAAUUAAUCAAGAAAUUAUUAAAAAUAGUCUUAUUCCUUUGGGUCAAGAAGAAGAGUCCAUUGAACCAUCUAUAAACGAUCCUAUUGAAUUAGUAACUGACAUGGUUGGUAAUGAUGUAAAUGAAUGCAAAGAAACAAAAGAUCCAUUUGAAACUAAAUGUAAAAUUUUAUUAACUCCUCCUCGUUCUCCAGUAAUCAGUUCAAAAGGUUAUAACUUUAAUUUUGAUGAAAUGGAUGACCCAUUUGCAACUAAAACAAAAAUAAGGCAGUCUCCGCCACCAGAAAUCAAAAUGAGUGAGACAUAUAAACCCACUGAUCAGAAUGAUACUGCUAAAACUACAGUCAAGAAAGCAAACCAAAAUAGAAGGAAAUCACAACCUAUGCCCAGAAAUAGAGCUCCUAAAAAAGUUUUCAACUCUACAUUUGCAGGUACGGUCACAACAAAGAAAGAUAACAUAGAAGAUAGGCAAUCUGUCUUUAACAAUGAUUUGUCAAAGGAAGAUAAGCAAAGUAACUAUAGCAAUACAAUGAGUGACAAAGAUAAUAUAGAAAUUACACCUGAUGUACAUACAUUACAAGUUAAUAAAUCAGAUAAUGCCAUAUGCACAGAAGAUGGGAAUAACUUAAACAAUGAUGUUGGCAAUGAACACUUUAACAAUAACACACAGCCUGUUGAGAGGAAAAGUAAAAAUGUGUUUAAUAUACCUGAAAUAGAUGAUAAAAACUUUAAUCCAUUUGCCACUCGAUCAAAGAUUUGUGUCUCUCCGACUCCUGGAAAUAGUAGUUUUGUGCAUGAUAAUUCAGCAAGGCUUAAUAUUUGCAAUAGCACAGAGAUCAAAAUAUCUACUACUGAUAAGGAUGUCAACUUGGCCGAUAACAUAAAUUCGUCUGAUAUUAGUAACGUUACAAUAUCAUCAAAACAUACAGAUGAAAAAGACAAUACUGUGAAAGAAAUUCAUACAGAAGACGAAGAUACCAUUGAAGGGCCAUUCCUUGAAGCAGAAGAUCUUGCUGACUUUGAGAGGGAUACGGAUAUAAGUCCUGGUAGUGAAAGAGAUGAUAUGAUUGGAUUUGACGAUUUUCCCCCACAAACAAAUGAAGACAAUGGGGACAAUGCAGAGAUAUUUAUUGAUGCACAAGCAUUUGAGUUUCUAUUGAACCAAAAUACUAGUAAUGUUGUUGCAGACAGUGGAAAGGAAAGCUUAUUCCUUAAGUUUGACCCAUUGUUUGCAAAAAGAGUAUCCUCCGAUGGCAUACUCGCAGCUUUAAAUAAGGCACCAAAACGAGUUAGUACGCCAAAGAAAAAGACACAACAAGUCGAAAAGAACUCACUCCAAAACGAUGUAUAUACUGGCGCAUCUACCAAUAAUCUACCUUCUGCUGAUACUGCUGAUGAUAUAAAUAUGAAUGUAUCUAAACCUACCAUGGUUGUGAAUCCUGCAGUAAAUUCAAUAAUUUCGCCAAGGAAAGCUGCUACACCACCUAAAAUAAAUAGACAAUCUUUAACAUUCACCUCCCCAGCCAUGGCCGUUAUUGACCGACUUUUGUCUCUAAGUGGAAAUGGGAAUUCCUCCCUACUAAACCACGAUACUUCAAUGCCGCUAGUCAGUGCCGAACAACAUCAUACUGAUUCGGCUCUCAUUCAACUAAGGGAGAUGUUGGCUGAAAAAGAAAUACACGUACAAACUUUACGGUCUGAAAGCAAGGAAUUAAAAGAAAGAUUAGCAAUCAUGGAGUCGCAAGUGAGGUCUUUAGAAACUGAGAGUCAAGAUAGAUUAAGAAAGAUAACAGAUUUAAACGAAAAAUUAGCCGAUAAAAUUAAAGUUAAUAAAACAAUGUCAACCGUUGUGGAAGAGUAUGAAAGAACUAUUGCAAGUUUGGUUGCUGAAUUGGAACAAGAUAAAAGACGAAAUGCCGAAGAACGAAUGAAACUGAUACGGGACCGUGACGAACAAACCGCGCAUCUUGCGAGCAUGGAAGUGUCAUUUAGCGACUUACACAGCAAGUAUGAAAAGAGUAAACAAAUAAUAUUUAGCCUUAAAGCAAACGAAGACACCUAUAAAAAAUCCGUGAAAGAAUUUGAAGAGAAUUUAAUAAAAAUGCAGAACAAUUAUGAGCUACUUAAACAACACGCCACAUCGAAAUUGAAUCACGCCAAUACAGAAUUGGAAAAAAUGAAUAAGGCGCACGAAGCAGAAGUUUUGAAAUUGAACGCAAUGAUCAAGAGGAAAGAUUUGCAUAUCACGUCUCUGGAGGAAACCCUCGCGCAAAAAACUAAGGCGAACGAAGAGUUGACCGCUAUUUGCGAUGAGCUCAUCAAUAAAGUCGGCUGAACUAUAAUUAGGCGAAGUCUAAAUAACUAUGCAAUAAAAUCUACGUGAUACAGACUUGUAACGCGGCUAACUUGUGUACUUAUCGCAAUGAUAAGUUGCAUUAAGUUCGAUGCUCCCGAAUGUGCCAAAUUCGUUGCAGGCUCGAAUAAAGACUGUUUUUUGUGAUACUUGGACUAAAAAUAUGUACCUAGUUUUAGUUCUUAUUUGUCUAGUUUUGAUCGGGGUUUGCGAUUUUCGUUGAUAAUUGUUUGUAUCAGGACUAGAGAGUUAUGCGGGUCAUAAUGUCAUAAUAUGCCUAUGUCGAAAAAAGUAAAGUUUGCCUUCGAUAAUAUUUAUGAUAUAGUGACAUUAACAAUAUUAAUAAUUUAUUAAAGCAUACUUAAUGUAAUGAUAAAAAUAUUUUUGGACAUUUUUUUGUAUUGGGAUAUAUUUUUGUAGAUAUGUAUAGUAUAAAUGUGUUGUAUUUAGGCCUCAAUAUAAUUAACAAGGUACCUACCUAUAGCACAUUUUUUAUUGUCAGAUGUAAACUAUUCAGGUGUUGCCUUAAAAACGUUGUUAAUUCCACUUUAAUGUUAUUAAAAAAUAAGAUAUUCAUUAUUAUUGGUUCUUCUUUUACACUAAGUGUUAAUAAAUUGUAUUGAUGUUAAUAAAAAUAUGUUUUAAUAUUGUAACAAUUUAAAUAUGUACUUGGUAUUAGACUACAUUAUAUCCAUAACUAUUCAUGAAUUAAUGAUUUAAUCUCAUAAUAUUAGUAAAUGUGUUUAUUUUUGAAAAUUAAAAUUAUCUUAAAAAUUUCUGUGUUUAUGUUAAAUAAUAAAAACUUAUGUUAACUAGAAAUAUCAAAAGUAUAUCAAGAUAAUAAUCAUAUGAUACAAUUUCUCUUAAAGUUAAUUUUGUUUGGAAUUUAAUAUUUAUAGAAUGAGGCCGUAGAAUUAUGUGAAAACGAAAUUAUGACCAUAUUUUUGCAUGUCUAUAUUUUUUUAAUUGAAUACGGAAUGUCGGAGUGAACUAUUUUUGUAUUAUAUUAUGAUUUAAUUAGAUAUAAUUUUAGCUAUUAAAGUCAUUGACCUUUUAA